ACAUAAUUUACUUAAUGAGUAAAAAUUAGAUACGUAAUGCCGUUCUUAAAGUAUUUAAGUAGAACACCCUUUAAUGGUUUUCCUGUAUAGGUAAUUAAUUGACACUCCUUAUGACUGACUGCAUUCCUAGGAGUGAGGUGGAGCAGGCGUGUGAAGAUGGCAGAGGCCAGCAUGGCUAACCACCCUCAAGUAUUUGUGGUGGACAGCCGAGCCACCUUCUUCUCCCCUCCCACUGUUAGAAAAACAAGAAGGACACCAGCAGGUUACAAGGUUCUUCUGCUGGUGCUGGGACUGGCCGUGUUGGGACUUGUUGUCGAGGGAUGUUUUGUCUACAAACUUUACAUGAAAACGGAGGAAUUUUCCAUUUGUGUGUCUGAUCCUCUCUGUCAAAACUUGUCCUACUCUAAAAAAACUGCUGAGCAGUUUGGUGCCUUCAAGGGUCACGUGAGAGCUGAUGGUUCCAAUGAGGUCGACGCAGUCCAGCCUCUGCUGGGACAGAAGCCGUUUGCCCAUCUAAUGUGUAGCAACAAUCCUAUCGGGGAGGACAACGUGGUUCAAUGGGUUGACAAAGAUGGAGAUGCCGUCACCAACCAGAUGAGUUACAGCAAUGGCCGCCUGUUAGUGAAGAAAGAAGGUUAUUACUACCUGUACUCCAAAGUGCAAGUAAAUGCCGCAGAGGCAUGUUCCCUCAUCCAGCACAAAGUGAUGAAAGACACGGAGGCAUACGAUCACCCGAUAGAACUUAUGAAAUCAAAAAGGUUCCGCUGCAGGACCCCAAGACCUUCAAGUGUGAAUUCAUCAGGUGGGGAGGACCUAUUGGACAGUUUCCUAGCAGGGAUAUUCCACCUGCGUUUAGGAGAUAAAAUUUUUGUCACUCUGGAUAAAAUACAAAAGUUGCGUCCUGGACCAAGUGAAAACUUUAUGGGUGCCUUUAUGAUAUCGCCAUAGAAACACAAUCCUCAUCUUAUCUGAUGACAACGCAGCAAAUGAUUGUAUUCUCAUAAAAAACAGUAUCUGACAUUCAGAUUAUGGACAAUUAUUUGUUGUAUAAAUAAAAUGAAUCAUUACAUACUUUAUGUGCAUCAAACAUUGUGUAACUAAU